AUUGAAUGAAUAUUCCUGGUUCUUUACAAAUCCGGUGUAAGACUUGAUAAUAUAAGUUCGUCGUGCAAUUACCUCGCAUAAAUGGGUGCAAAGCAUGGAACCUUCAUACCACAAUAAAUAUACACGCAGAGUAGUUACACCCUGCAUGCAAUUAGUGACUAGUGAUCGAAGAAGAAAAGAAACCGUAUGAUCAGUUUAUCCAUUCAGUGAUUAGUCUUUCCAAUUCACCGCAACUUAGGAAUAUUACUUCUUCUUCAUCAACAUGGUAUGGAUCCUUCUCAUGAUCAUCCUUAUUCAUCUACCAGAGGCUUCUCAUGUCCAGGCCAAGGAUGGAAGUUUCAGUGUUGAGCUCAUCCACCGAGAUUAUUCUCCAUUUUCACCUUUCUACAACGAUUCAGACACCCCAUUAGAGCGCCUCAGAAAAUCUUUUCACCGUUCGAGAUCUCGACUUGAAUAUUUUCGUUCCACGAUCCGUUCUCUAGCUUCUGCUACCUCUUCUGCAAAUAGCUUCGCAUCCAUGGUGACUCCGAGCAACGCUGAGUAUCUCGUAAAGCUAUCCAUUGGCACGCCACCAUUUGAGUUCUUUGCCAUUGUCGACACCGGAAGCGAUCUCACAUGGGCCAAAUGCAAGCCUCCCAAUCAGGUUUAUGACGCAGAUGCAUCCCUCUUUGAUCCCCAAUCCUCUUCCACUUACCAUGUUCUGCCAUGCUUCUCAACACCCUGCAAAUUUCUAAACCCAUCUUUCUGCGCUUCUGAAGAGGCCUGCCGGUACUCUUACUCUUACAGAGACAACUCUUCUACCGUCGGAACUCUUGCCGUAGAGAACCUAAGCUUCAAUCCUGUUGCGCGGGGAAACAUUGUCUUUGGCUGUGCAGACACUUACAGUGGAGUCUUGAGCCAAAUUGGCGCUGGGUUUAUUGGCCUUGGCGGUGGAUCUCUGUCUCUCGUCACUCAGUUGGGCGCUUCCAUAGGAGGAAAGUUCUCCUACUGUCUCGUGCCUAUGCAAGAAAACAACAUCAGUAGCAUCCUCAGUUUCGGCAGCAGUGCCAUGGCCUACAGCAGCGACACAGUCUCAACACCUUUAACACCCAAAGAGCCAAAAACGUUUUACUAUCUUACACUGGAAGGCCUCAGCGUCAACAACCAGAGUUUUGAUGCAGUUCAGGCUCCUGGAAAUAUCAUCAUCGAUUCCGGCACAGAAAACACAUAUUUAAGCGUUGAUCUUUACAACCAGUUAGAACUGGCGUUGUUGGAUUUCGUCAAUCUUACUCGGGCUGAGGACUUGACCGGAAUUUAUCAACUGUGCUUCGAGAGAAAUGAGCCAUUAAUGGCUACACUUCCAGACAUAGUAUUUCGUUUUUCAGAUGCUAAGUUGGUUUUGGGGCCGCUUAAUACUUUUGUUGACGCCAAUGGCCUGGUUUGCCUAGCGAUACUUCCAAGCGACGAUGGCUUCUCUAUCUUCGGAAAUGUGGCUCAGAGGAAUUUCUUGGUCAGUUAUGAUCUUGAAGAGAGAAAGGUGUCAUUUGCUAGAACCAAAUGCUCCAGCAGUAGUGCAAAUUUGUAUUCCCACGGAGUGCAUUUCUAUCCCUCAAUUGUUUUCCUCAUAUUGUCUGUGGCCUCGUUUAAGUUACUGACUUUCUAGAAUCACAUUCUUUCUAACUUGUAAGAUGCAAAAGGAGAACCAAAUUUGUGCCUAUAUUCCCAUUCCUCAUUUCAUUUGGUUCAGGUUGCCAUCCCAUCAAUAGAGAUUGCCUAUGGUCUUUUAUCAUAAGGAUUUGUGGUUUUUGGUCUUUGAAUAAACUAAAAUCCAAAUCAUUCCCUUUCUCUUAUCAUCCAGCAUCGUGGUUGGUUCA